CUGGUGUCGGUUCGGGGGCCGCCGCCGUGUCCUUGAGCGCCGCUCCGCGGCCAUGUCGGCCCUGGAGAAGCAGCUGCACCUGGGGCGCCUSCCGCCGCGGCCCCCCAUGCCCGGCGGCCAGUCCGGCUCCAAGAUGCGCAUGGGCCCGGGAAGAAAGCGUGAUUUUUCACCCGUGCUUUGGAGCCAAUAUUUUGAAGCUAUGGAAGAUGUUGUGGUAGAAAACGAAACCGGCAAGGAUACUUUUCGAAUUUACAAAAGCGGAUCGGAGGGGCCUGUCUUGCUGCUGUUACAUGGGGGAGGCCAUUCUGCUCUUUCCUGGGCUGUGUUUACUUCUGCCAUCAUUAACAGGAUUCAGUGCAGGAUUGUGGCUUUAGAUCUCCGAGGCCAUGGAGAGACCAAAGUUAGGAAUCCUGAAGAUCUUUCUGCAGAAACUAUGUCAAAGGACGUCGGUGACGUGGUCGAGGCUCUAUAUGGGGACCUGCCGCCGCCGGUCAUGCUCAUCGGGCACAGCAUGGGGGGAGCGAUCGCGGUGCACACGGCCGCCGCCAAUCUCGUGCCGAGUUUGCUGGGUCUCUGCAUGAUCGAUGUGGUGGAAGGGACAGCCAUGGAUGCUUUGAACAGCAUGCAGAACUUCCUAAGGAGUCGUCCCAAAACAUUCAAGUCGCUUGAGAAUGCAAUUGAGUGGAGUGUAAAGAGUGGACAAAUCAGAAAUCUUGAAUCUGCGAGAGUUUCUAUGGUCGGUCAAGUCAAAGAGUGUGAAGGGGCUGCCAGUCCUGAGGGUCCUAAAGCCAUAGUGGAGGGCAUUAUUGAAGAGGAAGAGGAGGAGGAAGAGGACGACGAAGGGGGAGGCUCUGUCAACAAAAGGAAGAAAGAAGAUGACACAGAGACCAAGAAGGAGCACCUGUACACGUGGCGAAUUGAGCUGGCCAAAACAGAGAAGUACUGGGACGGCUGGUUCCGGGGCUUAUCCAACCUCUUCCUCAGCUGCCCCACUCCCAAGCUGCUGCUUUUAGCUGGUGUCGACAGGCUGGAUAAAGAUCUAACAAUUGGGCAGAUGCAAGGGAAGUUUCAGAUGCAAGUCCUGCCGCAGUGUGGCCACGCGGUCCACGAGGAUGCUCCAGACAAGGUGGCUGAAGCCGUCGCCACGUUCCUGAUCCGUCACAGGUUUACAGAGCCCAUCGGUGGAUUCCAGUGUGUGUUUCCUGCUUGUUAAUACCCUGGUGUUCUGGUUAAUACCCUGGUGUUCUUCAGCACUGAGCCCCGUUGUAAAUAAACUGCACCAGAGGCCACUGUGAUGUAUCCAUCUCCUUUCAUCUCUCCAGUUGAGCAGCGAGGAGAAGUCGGUGUGAGGUUCAUCCCUUAGAACUAGUUCUCCGGGACGUGUACGUGGUUAGGGACCUCCUGGCUUCUGCUGAAGAUCAUGCCAAGCUCUCCAGAAGCAGGAUCCUCUCUGCUGCCGCCAGGAAAGGCCUCCUGCAAUCCCCGGCAUUCCCGUCUCCGUCAACUCUCAGGCUUUCUCGGACCCAACUGCAAAGGGGCUCUUGGCAGCCCGGAUCCRUGGAGGGCAUCGCAGCAAAUCCAAAAGCUUCGGGAUCUCUCCCCGGCGUUGUCUCGUUGUCUCUGAAACACCCCUUAGGUUUGUUUUUUAUCUCUUUUUUUUCCCCCAAAGCAGACGAGGACCCGGCCUCAGUGGGAGCUCAGGGCUCCUCUUACCUGCAGGAGCCUCCGCGCUGCUUCCCGCUUCCAAUCUGGGCAGGGCAGCAACGUGGAACAAGAAGGCGGAAACGGGGGGACCACGAGCCCCUUCUCAGCGAGUCUUGCAGCCUCCUCAAUGUUUGGAUCCUCAGCUGGAAACGUGGCCUCAUUAGGGAGGUGCCCGGGAGCCCCGUGGCCUUUGGGCCAGUGGCUGCCCAUGGAGCCGGCUUGCGCUCCGUCCCGCGGAGACCGGCACCUUUGGCAUGAAAACACACCAAAAUUGGGCAGCAGAGAAAGCCUUAGAAGAGCUCGGGCUCUGUCCCGGUGAUGCUGGCGCCGGUAACGCGCUCCGGAGGGAAGACCUGCUUCACCCCAACGCUUCCUUGGCUUUUCCCGGGAGCUUCCAGGCGUUUCAYGGGCUGCCUUCCGGGUGGCCCGGAGGAGCAGCACCCGCACAGAGCUCCCCUUGGGGGCCCGUCAUCCUGAGGCCGUUUGUGAGGUUGCUUUAGGCMUCUCCUAAAAACCACUCUCAGGCUUAAGAGCAGACGUGUCUCAGAUCCAUUUUCCUCCGUAUGUGGAUCUCAAUCCCGUUUUUUUGCUUCGCAUCCCGACCCUCUYGUGCUGGAUGAUGAAAGCAGUAUUUUUUUAAUGCUGUUUUGCUGGAGCCCGGGCCUGGUGGCGGGAGCUGCGGUGGGCGGCUGCAAAUACAUCCCGUGCCAGGAGCCCUAAAUGAAGCCUUUACAUUCAGGAGGUGCAGGUGGGGGAAGAAGCGGCGCCGGGAAGAGCUGGGAAAGGCCGGGAUUUAUCCCAACAGAGAGACACUGUUGCCUUGCGAUUCCUCCCUGGACACGGCAAGCCGGGGCCUUACUCUGCCGCCCUUCCCUGGGGAAGGCARCAGGAAACCAGGCAAGAAACCGGGGCAAGAAACUCCUCAGUUGGGACCGAGAAAUCCAAAAUCCAGAGUGCUCCAUAAAUAAUGGAGAAAGCUGCUCGCGGAGCCUCCACUCGUCCUUUUUCACCCAUUUCAAAUKGGGAAAAUCCGGCAAAUCCCUCCUCGCUUUCCAGCUUUCUGCCUUGGUUUUUAUUUUUUCCCUUUUUUUUCCCAGCUUUUUCCUAAUUUCUCCAUAAAAGCAGCGUCGUGGGAUGAGGACCCCUCCAACGUCGAGGGAUGCUGCUUCCAUAGGGGGUUCUGCUCCCGCUCGCCUCUAUUCUGGCUCUUGAAUUGAGCAGCGGUGGAAACUUCCAAAACGGAAAAUCCCGAGGUUUCGGGGAGCCCCGGCAGCAGCAGGAGACCGGUCUGCUUAAGGGCUGACUUUUUAAAUGUAUUUUUCUUUAUUUUUCCUUUUUUUUAAAAUCAGCUCCCAGGCUUGGGGUGCCGGGGAGRGAAGCCCGCGUCGGGCAACAUUGGGAAAAGCUCUUUUCC